GAGCUAUUCGGAAAUGAAACCAAAACUGACGGUAUGAUUUGAAGAAUUAAAAAAAAAAAAAAAAAAAAAAAACGGAGGAUAUUUUGUCUCAGUGAAAUUACCACAAAUACUAGUUCUCGUAAAUACCCAUGAAGUGAGGGGUUUGAAAACAAGCUUAAUUUUAGAGGGUGUGCAAAUUGACAGGGACCUGCUAUAGAGGGUGUGUAAAUUGACAGGGAUGGAGAUACCUGACUUUUCUGACGCCUGAUGCAGAAUGAUAGAGUAAAAUGGCCCACUUUGACACUGAGUACCAGAGGUUGGAGGCGUCCUACAAUGACUCUCCACCAGGGGGAGAUGACAUGCUGGUCCAUGUCCCGGAAGGCGCCAAGUCUCAGUGGCAUCACAUAGAAAACCUGGACCUCUUCUUCCAAAGAGUCUAUAACCUGCACCAGAAAAAUGGCUUCACCUGCAUGCUUCUGGGGGAGAUCUUUGAGCUUGUGCAAUUGGUGUUUGUGGUAGCCUUUACUGUGUUCCUGGCGAACUGCGUUGACUAUGACAUUCUUUUUGCCAACAAGUUGGUGAGCCACAUCCACCAUGAACACGAAACAAUGAAAGUGACUCUUCCAGAUGCAUUCCUUCCGGCUAACGUCUGCAGUGCCAGAAUCCAUGACAAUGUCUUUGUCAUAUUCAUCAUGAUAAUAGCUGGAGUGUUCUGGUUGCAUCGCCUUAUCAAAUUCAUCUAUAACAUUUGCUGCUAUUGGGAGAUCCGCUCCUUUUACAUUAAUGCACUGAGGAUACCCAUGGCUGACCUGCCCUAUUUCACAUGGCAAGAGGUGCAGGCGAGGAUCAUCGAGAUCCAGAAAGAGCACCAGAUGUGCAUCCACAAGAAGGAGCUGAGCGAGCUGGACAUCUACCACCGCAUCCUGCGCUUCAAGAACUACAUGGUGGCCAUGGUCAACAAGUCACUGCUGCCCAUCCGCUACCACAACCCCCUGCUGGGCAAUGCAGUCUUCUACACCCGGGGGCUCAAGUACAACUUUGAGCUCAUCUUCUUCUGGGGGCCAGGCUCCCUCUUUGAAAACGAGUGGAGCUUGAAGCCCGAGUACAAGCGGGGCGGCAACCGGCUGGAGCUGGCGGGCAGGCUCAGCACUCGCAUCCUGUGGAUCGGAGUGGCCAACCUGCUGCUGUGCCCCAUCAUCCUGAUCUGGCAGAUCCUCUAUGCCUUCUUCAGCUACACCGAGGUGAUCAAGCGGGAGCCCGGCAGCCUGGGCGCGCGCUGCUGGUCCCUGUACGGCCGCUGCUACCUGCGCCACUUCAACGAGCUGGACCAUGAGCUCAUGUCACGCCUCAGCAAGGGCUACAAGGCCUCCUCCAAGUACAUGAACUGCUUCAUGUCCCCGCUGCUGACCGUGGUGGCCAAGAACGUGGCCUUCUUCGCGGGAUCCAUCCUGGCAGUGCUCAUCUCCCUGACCAUAUACGACGAGGACGUGCUGGCUGUGGAGCACGUGCUGACCACCAUCACCCUGCUGGGGGUCUGCGUCACCAUCUGCAGGUCUUUUAUCCCAGACAAGCAUAUGGUGUUUUGCCCGGAGCAGCUGCUGAAGGUGAUCCUGGCCCAUAUCCACUACAUGCCAGACCACUGGCAGGGGAACGCUCAUCGCUACGAGACUCGGGACGAGUUCUCACAGCUCUUCCAGUACAAAGCAGUGUUCAUCCUGGAGGAGCUGCUGAGCCCGGUGAUCACUCCCUUCAUCCUCAUCUUCUGUCUGCGCCGUAAAGCCCUUGAGAUCAUCGACUUCUUCCGCAACUUCACUGUGGAGGUGGUGGGCGCUGGGGACACCUGCUCCUUCGCACAGAUGGACGUCCGGCAGCAUGGUCACCCCGCGUGGAUGUCGGCUGGGAAGACAGAGGCCUCGAUUUACCAGCAGGCAGAGGACGGGAAGACAGAGCUGUCUCUGAUGCACUUCGCCAUCACCAACCCACGCUGGCAGCCCCCCCGCGAGAGCACACACUUUAUCAGCCAGCUCAAGGGAAAGGUGCAGCGCGAGGCCUCCAGCGGGCAGCAGGGGGCGCUGCCUGAGAACCAUCUCUUCACAUCCAUCCAGUCCAUCCAGUCGGAAUCAGAGCCCCACAGUCUGAUUGCUAACCUCCUGGUGGGGCCACCCUCGAUGGGCUCGUUCCAGUUCGGUCGGGAGGGUCACGUGGCUCCUCACAUCUCCAGUGCCGGCGGCAGUGAAGUGGCCUCAGCCCUGCGCUCCCUCUCCCCACUCAGCACCAGCCAGCACCUCCGCGGGAGCUACACCUCCACUCAGCCGCCCCGCAGCGAUGGCACAGGGCUGACCGGGGCCAGGGGCAUGGCGGGCUCUGGCACUGACGCCCGAACAGCCAGCUCUGGCAGCAGUGCGUGGGAAGGGCAGCUGUCCAGCAUGGUGCUAUCAGAGUACGCCUCCACUGAGAUGAGCAUCCACGCACUCUACAUGCACGAGCUCCACAAGCAGCAUUCGCAGGCGGAGCCAGCCAGGCACACGUGGCACCGGCAGGAAAGCGAUGAUAGCAGCGAGAUUGUCCCUGAGGAGAGCGAGGUCCCCUACGGCCUGCCCCGCUCCGCCACCUUCCCCUCUGCCUCCGCAAGACAGCACCCCUACCAGGAGCAGGCUGUGCUACAUAGCUCCGGGCAGCGCCGACAUGGGGGCACCACAGACGCAGUGAGCGGGGGUCCGCGGGCCACACCCAGGUUCUCACGCCUCCCCAUGGGCGGCUGGGCAGAGGAGGUGCAGGCGGGGCGACACCACGAAACUGUGCCCGAGGAAGGCACUGAAGAGGAACUCCCCCCGCAGGUCCACAAGUUGACGUAAUGGACAUGGACAGCCUUUCCCCAAGGAAGCUGCUGUUAGAUAUCAACACUCUUGAGACCUCUUGCAUCAUAUAGAAACAUAUGCCCAUCUUACAACUCACAUAACCAAGGAACUGUAUAUUUUUUUAUUUUUUUCUUUUUUUGCAAAAAGGUGGAGCUGAAAACUUACCCCUUUCCCAAAACAAUGAGAUAAAUCUGUAAGAAUCAGCCCCUCAUGACAGUCAUGACUGUGUGACGUUGUCACACGAAUACAUCAUGAAAUAGCAAAAGGACGUCCUUUUGGCAGCGCGACUUUAAGGGCAGGGUCAAUCGUUUUCUCACGAUAAAAAUAGCUGUAAAAACCCAUGUAAACUGGAGCAGGAAUCGUGCUUGUGGCCCACAAGGUUUCAGCAGUUAAGAUCCUGUUUUUCUGAUGUAAUAUCCAGCAGAAAGGCUGUACAAAACAUAUACACCCCCCAACAACCACAACACACACACACAAUGUACAUUUAUGGACUACUUCAACAUAAGAACCGCCGUGGUUAAACUCAUACCUACAACCGCCUGUACAUUUUAAACACCAUCAAUAUUAAAAUGAAAGACAAACCAUCGGAUACAACUCAAAAGUUUUAUUCAAGCACAUCAUAUCAAGCAUCUGCACAGCCGAAAUGCCGUAUUUAAAUGAACAAUUAAACAUAAGAGUUUUCUAACUUGCCACAUAUAAAGCACUACUUCAAAAAAUGAAAAACUACAAUAAAAUAAACAUUAAAAAAAACUUGUGAGUAAACAGGUAUAUGCACAUAUAAAACUGUAAAAACAAAAGUAGUUUUUAAUCUAAAAUGAAAGGAACAUAUUAUUUAUCUUGCGUGUUUGUCACUUGCAGCACAGAAUCCAGGUUGAGCUGCUGCAGCCUGCAGCUUUCUGAUCGAAAUGUUUCUGCUGAAGCACUGUGGUUAGCUUCAAGAUUAAAUCUCUCCUGCCUUGUACAAAAUGAAGGAAUUGAUGGCUGCCAGGUCCAGUAGUGAUAACAACAGGCUUGUAUAUAUAUAUAUUUACUUGGCUCAAUCCAGACGGUUGUCAUGCUGAUGCGCUGGGGAGACCGCACUGUGGUUGAUCCCCGGAGCCAGCAUUGCAGCCAUUGUGUGUGCUGAUGCGCUAGGGAGGCAAAAUAAGCUGAUCCCUGGAGCCAGCAUUACACUUCAGCCAUCAACACCAGGCAGAUGGAUCAUAUGGAAUCAGUUUGAAAGUGAGGUGUGUUUCAUUGGUAGUUGAGUCUUCUGGCCAGAGGGUCCUCUACUUGGUGUGGGGGUGGGUGUGGGGUUAUGUUUAAUGAGGGCAUGAAUCUGGCUCGAGUCCUGAAUGCUAAAGGAUGAUCACAGCACUUGCCCUUAAAAAGUAAUGCUAAUACACAAUACCAUAGAAAAAAACUACAUUUCAAUGAUUUUGCAGGAAUCAAUUCAGCUAAUCUUACCUGAUUUAAAAAUACAUAUUUUCUUUUCUUUCAAUUUUCUUUUUUUUCCAUAGAAAUUUUAGCAAUGUGCGACCUGGUUUAUUAAAUUGGUCUCCGGAUACAAUCUUUAAGAAAGAUAGAAACGCUUCAAAAUAACUAGUAAAAUAUGUAACAUUUUUCUUUUGUAAAAAGUUUUUAAACUCAUUGUAAACUGAGACUGAUGAAAUUGUGCCAAUGGUUACCAGCAACUGAGAUUAUUUUGGGAGGUGUAUGUGAGUUUGUUCCGUUAUGCAAUUAUUACUGAAGAAUACAUAAUAUGUUGUUGAAUGAUAUUAAGUUUUAUAUUUAUUUAUUUUUAAAUCUAAUUUAGGGGUGUCUUCACAGACUUACCUAAAGUAGCAUAAGUAGUCCAAGAUUAGCGCUAACCUUGGAAAUAUAGAAUUGUUAAACAUUUUAAGCAUACCUUACUGUGCCCAAUAACUUCACAUGACUUUUUCCUGUGGUUACUCCCAAGAUUAUUCUUUGGCUGGCUAGUUGUCAUGUCCAGUGUGUGUGCUUCUAAGCAUGUGAAACUAUGACUAAUGCUGUGGUGUCUUGUGAGCUCAUCUCAUCUGACUGAGAUGCACUAGAGUAAACCAUGUGUUUUGACUCUUUGUUUGUGUGUAUGAAGGGUAUUGAACAUGUACUGUAUAUUUUUGUAUACAAGAAUUUGCAUCAUGUAGCAUAAGCUCACAAAUGAAUGGCUGUUUCUAGCAACCAUAUAACAUAUUAUAUAGAGUGUAUAUUUUACCUGUAUAGCAAUAGUUAAUAAAAAUGUUUAGCCCCCACAAUUUAACAACUUAAAAGAUUGUGCUAUGAAAAUGUCAAAACUAGCUUUAUUGGGUCCAACUCAGCCGUCAUUGAUGAUUAUUAAAAAAAAAAAAGCAAAUGGCAUCUUAAAACAACAGCAACAAACUGCCGAUUCUGUUGGUAAACAGUGUAGAGCAACUAAAUCUUAAAUUGUGGACAUGUUAGGCAGCAAUGUCAGUCAACAACCAUUGUCUUAUUAAUGCAUGUGGGGAUGGAAGUUGAUUGACUCAGGGAAAUGUAAAGGAUGGUGAAAACCGGUUCAUAAUAACUUGAAUAUAAUUUGAAUAAUAGGAGGAUCAAUGAUUUUUGGGGGGGAUUUGUAUUCAUUAUAAUUUUUUUUUUAUUUUUUUUUUUUAUAAAAAAAUAUUUU